AUGCUAUAUUCAUCAGCGGAGCUUAUUCACACGACGAUCAGCCCUGCCGACCCGUCAACUGUACGACGUCGCCGUCAGCUGACUGCCGGCAUGUUCGCCUGCUCACGCCUUUGGGUAAUGGCGGCAUUCCUCAUCUCGUUCGCAUCAUUGUUGGCCGGCGCAUGGGUACUCUUCUGCAACCAUGUUCUUCUUACUGGGGAUCAUCCCGUGCCGCCUCGAGCAACUCUUUUCCUAAGCAAUUUCAUAAUUUUUGCCUCAUCUUGCGUGUACAAAUUCGGUCGUACCGAGGAAAUGUAG